AUGGUCUCCGACGAGACGUACGAACUAUGCCUCCCGAUAUUGCAGGACUCAGGCUUGGAGGAAGAAGACAAGACCGAUAGACUAGAAGACCUCCUAAAGCAAGAGACCAAACUGGAAGGGUCCAGCCUAGAGAAUGCCGUGCUCGAUGUCCUAUGGAGACACCGCGAUGGCGGCGGCGCUGCCGCAUCCCCUCCUCCGAUCCGGCAGACCAUCCUACGCCGGCCGUCGCCAGCUUCGUGGAGGGGUUCGGCAACCCCCCUAUCAGGCUCACCACGUCUGGGUGUGAGCCCUCUGGCUCCUCCUGGCUUUGUGCCUACCAAUCUCAGCCGGACCAAGUCGUCGACCGUCUCUCCGUUCUCCUCGCCGCGCCCCUCUCCACGCCUGGCCUUCGCCGCUCCAGUGAUCCCCAACAGUCCAAAUCUCAACGCUUACGAGUUUGCCAACGACACAAGCCCCGCACCCGAGAUCUAUGGCGACUUUCAGACUGAGAAUGUGGAUUGGCUCGUGAGUGACGAUGCGCUCAGUAUCACCUCCUCCGUCGGUGUCUCGAGUGGACUGAAUGCCGCUGUCCCCGAGUUUGUCUCUACACAGCAGACGGAUAUGACACCAUAUGAUAUGCUCCGCUCUAUUCUCGGCCAGUCCAAAACGGAUGAUGAGAUUGAGGCAGCCCUGGCUGUACACGGUUAUGACUUGAGUGCCACGAUUGCCGCCAUCAUGGAGUCUCAGGCGCAGGACUCUGGAAACGUUGCGCAUCUCGCGCCUGAGGCCAAGAGCAUCCUGAUUGGGAAAUCCAUGACCCCUGAUAACCGACCCAACACGCCUUCAGGCCAGCAGAAGCCAGGCAUCAUUUGCAAGUUCUACCUGUCUACGGGCCAGUGUCUUCGCUCGGAUUGCCGCUUCAGCCAUGAUCUGAGUAAUCAUAUAUGCAAAUAUUGGGUAAUGGGGAACUGUUUAGCUGGGGAGACUUGCAUCUUCUCGCAUGACCCGGCCCACCUCAUCAACCGUCUCACGGUGGACGAGACUGGCACUCCUCCGAGUAAGAACUUGUCGGUUACAGAUUUCAAUUCUGCUUUCCCUUCGUUGCGUCCAGCCACACCAGAACUCAACCCCUUUGCGCCAAGUUUCAGCUAUUCUCCCGCUGGCAUGACACCACCCCCAGGCUUGCGACCAAUGAAUAGCUACAAUGGAAACGAAGGCUCUCGUUCUAGAUCCCGCCCUGGUAGCCGCCAGCAGGCCAAGGACGGCAUGGCUGCUCCGUCCAUUGAUGAUAAUGAUGCAUUUCCAUCACUGGGGUCCGCCUCUGCCAAAACAAACAAGAAGCAUCACGGCAAACGUGGUGGCCAUGGCCAUAGUCACAAGGACAAUUACACACCUAGCUCUCUCGCUGAUAUCGUCAAGAUGUCGCCAUCUCCAUCACCAGCACCAGGGCCUGCACGGCAGGACAAGAAGAUUGGGCGCAAUGGCAGCGCGGCAAAUAUGAAGAAUGGGGAAAACAGCGCCGCGGCUCUAGCUAUACCCACGCCAAAACAUAUUCCAUGGUUGGAGACUGGAGACCGAGCGAACAAGGCUUAUCUCAAAGCACGGCAGGAGGCUAUCAAACAUGGUGGCCUCCGCAAUAAGUUCUUGCAAAGCGCUGCCCAAGCAUGGAAUCGAAAUGAUGCCCGUGCCGCCAAAGCCCUAAGUCUUCGUGGCCAAAGUGAAAACGAACUGAUGCGCAAGGCUCACCGAGAAGCUGCACGAGAGCUGUACGAAGAUCGUAACAGGCAGACCGCGAAUUCGCAGGUCACAACCUCUGAGAUUUACGUCGAUCUCCAUGGUCUACACCCAGAAGAGGCUGUUGAGUAUCUGGAACGUGUUCUUCUUGAUAAUAGUAAAGAGGCCAGGCCAGUGUAUGCUAUUACCGGCACCGGCCACCACAGUAAGAAUGGCAAGGACAAGGUGGGCAAAGCAAUCAGGAACUUCCUGAAUGAGUGGAGAUAUGCAUAUCGCGAGUUCUCCGUGCCCGGCGACCGGAACAACAUGGGCGGCAUCCUCGGUGUUGACGCUAGGAGCUACGACAAGAGUCUAGUUAGAGAAGGGAGCAGCAGCUCCAAGGACCAGGACGAAGUUAAAGAAGAGGUUGAUAUCCUCAGUCAGGGAGUCGAGAUCGGUGAUGGCAAGGUGCGGUUGCUUGUAAGGGAUCCUCCAAAGGGACCCAGCGGCAACAGGAACAGAUGA